AUGCCUCCGUCGAAGCGAAAUAGAGUCGUCCCAACGUCGAAGGUGCGGAAAAACAGGAAGGAGCUGGUCCGCCGGCUUGCUGCAAAUGUUCACGAUGCCGCCGAAAAGUACUCCUACAUUUGGGUGUUUGACGUCCAAAACACUCGCAACAAUUUCCUCAAACAGGUCAGAGCGGACUUCAAUGACUCCAGGAUAAUGAUGGGAAAGAACAAGGUCUUGAUGGUGGGACUAGGACAUACAGUGGAAACCGAGUGUGUACCGGGGGUCAGUGCAUUGGAGCCGUACGUGAAAGGCGAAGUCGGUCUUCUCUUCACAGAUCAGGAACCUACACACAUCGAAGAAUACUUUGCAGAUUGGCUGAAUCAAGACUUUGCUCGGAGUGGCAGCAUUGCGACCCGGGAUGUCAGAAUACCACCAGGAGAGAUUCAUACUCAGUAUGGCGUGGAAGGCGGCGAGGAUGAUCCGUUGCCAGUCCAGAUUGAACCAACUCUCCGAAAACUAGGAAUUCCCACUCGCCUCGUCAAGGGCAAGGUGGUGUUGGAAGAGCACCCGGAGGGUUCGAUGGACGAAGAAGAGGGAUACCUUGUCUGCAAAGAAGGAGAAACGCUCGACUCAAGACAAACCUCCAUCUUGAAGAUUCUGGGUGUGCGGAUGUCUGAGUUCAGGAUCGGCCUUAGAGCUGUAUUCGACAAGAACACGUCGACCGUCAGGGAGCUCGGAGCCAUGGAAGUUGACGACACCAAGGUUUCGUGA